AUGGGUUCUGCUUUCAGUAGCUUGAAAUUCUAUUUCAAGUCUGUGGCUUUCGGCGUCUUAAUAUCUGUAUGUGCCCUCUACGGAGUGUUCGCUUCAAUCUUUCUUAGAAUUAUUGGAAAACCCCAAUAUGCUCAAUACACUGUAGCAAGGGCAUUUUAUUAUUCGUUUUCAACGGUUUUGGGGGUCAAAAUAAACAUCAAAAAUGCCCACUAUUUGAACGAGAAACCAGCAAUUGUGAUUUCUAAUCACCAGUCAGCUUUGGACAUUCUUGUUCUCGGCAAAACGUUUACUCCAGGAAUGACUGUGACCGCCAAGAGAGCCUUGAAAUUCUUUCCAUUUUUAGGAUGGUUUAUGCUUGCGUCAGGCACCUUUUUCUUGGACAGAACUCGUGGAGAGAAAGCGAGAAAGGUAUUGGAUGGUGCUUUGGCCAGUUUGAAGAGGGACAACAGGGCUCUUUUCAUAUUCCCUGAAGGAACCAGAUCAGGUACCACCAAAUUGGAUCUUCUUCCAUUCAAAAAAGGUGCUUUCCACUUGGCCAAACAGGCCCAGAUUCCUAUUGUACCCUUUGUUGUUAGCAAUACUUCGGGAAUUUUCCAUGCUUCAACUCGAACCUUUAAUCGUGGAGAAAUCACCAUCGAGGUAUUACCUCCCAUGUCCACAUCACACUUGGAAACUAACGAGCAAUUGAAUGACUUUGCUCUUGAAGUACAUGAUAAGAUGAAGACCACGCUCCAGAAUUUGGGAUACUCCAAAGUGCCUGGAUUCAAAAAAGAAGAAACAGCUGUAGAAGCAUUAGACACAGACGACACAGACGAAGUUGCAAUCGAAAGAGUUCCCGAGCACACUCCGCUCUUGUCUAAAGAUUAG